UCCGAAUCGAAAGCAAGCACCAGUUGGUUGCCGCUCCAUCUGGUGCGUCGAGGGGCCAAGCCUCUCAUAGUCUCUGCCGCAAAGCCAGCGUCCUCAAAAGCGUCCACCAGGCACCAUGUCAUAUGCGACAUAUGCGGCCAUUGGCACCCGUCCAGCGAGGGCGCAACAGCAAUCGCACCAGCGCAAGGGCUCGCACGCACAACUACCCAGCCGCAUGCGCACUGCUUCGGGCAUUGCGCCGCUCGAAAACACCGCAUCUGCAGCAGCAGCUGCUGCUGCCGACUCCUCCUCGUACGACCAUCGUGAGCAGCCGCAGCAGGCGUCCUACAUGAUCCCAUCUUUUGAAGCCGCACCGCAUGCCGCACCACUGCCACCCCCUUCGCUCGGCGCGCCGCCGCCGAACGCUCCGUACCAGUUCGGACUCUCGGCAGCAUCAUCGUCCCCGAGCACCACUUUCCGUCCGAUGCGCCUCCCCCCUCCUCAUCCCCAUCCUCCUGCGCAUACGCAUGCUCAUGCCCAUCCGCCGAAUCCUAUAUCGCACACUAGACAGUACUCUGACUCGCACCUCCCACUUCACAUGGACCUCUUCGCGGCACCACACGCGCACCAGCAAAUACGUCCGUCGCACGCUGCCCAUCACCCACAGGCGCAGGCGCUUCCGUCUACUUUGCCGCCAUUCUCGGCAGGACAGCCGAUCACGAUGAUUCCCGAAGUGGAACAACAGUUCAGAAAUGCAGGUCUGGGAGGAGAGAUCGAGGAGGGUGAUGAGGAUGACGACGAUAACGACGAUGACGACAAGUACUCGGCAAAUGAGGGUGGCAAGGGCGAAGCGGACGCGCAGGUGCAAGGAGCGAUGCAGGAACGCGCCGACAACGCGGCGGAAGGAAGGCAGCGAAGCUCAUCCUUUGCCAGCUUUGGCCAGAAGGCGCUGCAUCACGAUGUGCCCGGCGGCAGCUUGCUACUGGCGAGUAAGAAGGUCGCUACCGGCUCUAUCUAUCCGGACGGCGAGCAUGACCGGCCGCAGAAGAGACGCAGGAGGGCGAACAUGAGCUGCACGCAGUGCAAAAGCCGUAAGAUCAAGUGCGAUCGCGCGAGGCCCAUCUGCGGCAGCUGCGUGCGCCGCGGCAUUCCGCCACAGACGUGUCUCCUCGGUGACGCAAGGGACGACUAUGAACGCAUGAUGAGUGCGCCGGACGUUCUCCGCGUGGUUCGGCUCAUGGAACGCAUCGCGAGCCUCGAGGAGGAGCUGGACCAGUCAAACCGCGAGAAAGAGGAGAGGCAGGCGGCGUACGAGCACGUGCUUGCGUCGCGCUCGGCAGCUGAUACGCUGGCGGAAGAGAACCUGUCCGUCUCGGUGUCCAACAACAGCCGCUCCUGCGCCCCUUCCAGCAUGGACGCGAUGGAGCAGCGCCUUCGUAUCGACGCCGAGGUCGCGCGGAGCCACUACCAGGACCGAGAGCGCAUGCACUCGGCCAGCAAUGGCCUCACGAUGAGCGCCGCCACGAACUUUGUCCUCAACUUCAACCCCGUCGGUCUGUCGCCACUCGAAGACAUGCUCGCUACUCUGCCAAGCGAGUCGAACAUCAUCACCAUCGUCAACUGGUACUAUGACGAGCUGGAGCCAGUGUGGAGCUUGCUGCCGAGCAGGCCGAGCAUGUGCACUCGCAUCGAAGAUCUCUGGCGCCGCUAUCAGACUUUCAUCAAGUCCCAAAGCAGCGCCCAGAAGCCCGCCACGAACGCUGAGACGACUGCUGACGCGGGCAAACCUAACGCAGCUGGCGGUGCAAGCCCCUCCGCUGCCGCCGCUGGCUCCGGCGUCGCCAGCCCCAGGUCCAGCAUCUCGGGCUAUGUGUCGGCGGUCGCGCCGCAUGGCACAUCCGCACCGAAGCCCGGCGCUGCGGGGGGGAGCACGCAGAUUUCCCCAGCGUUGGCGCAGGAUGCUCACCCGAGCGACAGGAGCAGAGGCAGCGGCCAGCAGCCACAGCAGGAGCAAGCACAGGCACAUCAGCAACAUCUGAGGCAACGCUCAUCCGCAUCUUCGCUGCCCAACAUCGGGCAGGCGUUCAGCAAGUCAGAUUACGCAUUCCUCGCUCUGGUCUUUGCUGUGCUCGAAUCCUCGGCUGAGUUCAUGGCCGACGCGGACAUCAUCGAGCAUGGGAUCGCCACGAGCACCAAGGACAUCCCCGUGCGCAUGAGCAUGUACCACCGGAACUGCGUCACGCUGCUAAGCAUGAGCGAUAUGCUCGCGCAGCCGACGCUCGAGGGCAUUCAGGCCAUCUCGAUGCUGCGCUACUACUACUUUGGCCGCCAGCGCCGCGCAGAGUACACCGUCCUGCACACGAUGAUCAUCCGCAUUGCUGAAGGCCUGGGCCUCCACCGCCUUCAGAGCGCACACGCCGACGCAGAGCGCUGGGCAAAGCGCAGGCUCCACACCGGAAGCCCAUUCUCCCCACCGGCGUCGUCCCAGGCUGGCUGGCACAACAAUGCCAAGCAUGCUCCCCCCAAAACGGCAGACGGUGGAAGUGGUGGAAGUGCUGGCCAUGCGGCAGCAGCAGGAACAGGGGAAGAAGCACAUGCUACUGAUUCGGAAAGGGGAAGCCAUGCGCUGAUUGUCGGAACGAUGAAUCGUACCGAUCUGCACGGCUGGUUCCUGCCCAAGGGAGAGCACAAGGAGAAGUGGGAGGAGAUGAACGUCUCCAGGUGGUACGAUGGCGACCAUGAGAUGCGAGAGCUCGGCAGAAGGGUCUGGUGGGCGCUCGUCUUUGUGGACUGGCAGACUGCCACACUGCACGAUGGCAUCUACCAUGCGCGGGAAGCAACGUUCACCACCGGAUUUCCACUCAAUGCCGAGCUGGCCGACAUCAGUCGCACGAGCGACCCGUUGGCGAUCGCGUCGCCGGAAAAAUCGUUCGUCGCAAUCCUCACGGAGAUUGCGCGCGCGACGAGGUGCACAGCGGACGCGAUGAAUAGCGGUGUCAAUGAGUACGAGGACUCGCUGCAGAUCGAGCAAAGUCACCGCUCGAUCUUGACUUCCCUGCCGUACUACUACCAAUUCCCCAGCGAGCACAAUGCCGCAACAUAUGAUGCUGCGGCGGUGCAGGCUGCACACACUGAGAAGCCGUUCCGGGUGAUCCAGCGGGUGCUGAUCUACCUGUACGUGCACCACCGGCUGCUCAAGUUGCACCGUUUGUACAUGCCACGGGGGUACCGGAAUGGGGUGUACAAGCACAGUCGGGAGGUGUGCCUGGAGAGCGCCGAGGUGCUACUGAGCUGUUACUCGGAGCUGGUGCAGGCGAGCAGCCCCAUACACCGCAUGUGGAGCUUCCGGAUGAUGCUGUUCGACGCGAUCAGCACGCUGCAGAUCGACCUGCUGCACCGGAUCGCGCAGGUGGAGGACCAGGAGAUCAUACGCAGGCAGGCGGACGUCGAGCUCGGUAUCCGCUUGCUGGAGCCUCACACGUCUAUGGAGAAGCUGAACAAGUUCCUGCCGGCGGCGAUCAGUGCGAUGCGCGCGCUGCAGCACGAAGAGAAGUGCAAACGCGCGGCGUUCAGGCACGAGCAGCAGCGCGCGCACGCGCAGGGUCAGGCGCCGCCGACGCAGAAGUGGACAUUGCAGGUCCCGUUUGGCGCGCUCGGCGCCGAGGACGACGUGCCAGCUGCUUUCCUCGGUGGUGCACUGGCGUCAGACUCUCUUGCGGAUCAGCAGUCGCAGUCGCAGGCGCCGCCACCACCGCCAGAUAAAGGGGCGGGGCAGCGGCCUGUAGGUGCGGAUCCGAGUGCGGAUGCGCUGGAGGCCAGCCGACAAUUCCAGAUGGAACUGGACGAGUGGUUGCGGAGCAUCCGCGAGAGCGUGGCGAGCGAGCAAGGCAAUCUUGGCGCGGCCAAGUUGAUCGACAAGCUGAUCGAGGAGAUGAACUGGUCGUGGUGAAUGGAUGUGGUGGCGUUGCAGUAUGUAUCUUCCCUGUCGGCCGAGUGUCGGAGCGUUCGAAGAAAAGGAGGGGCCAUCUUUUUGCCUUGUCUGCUGGGGAGAAGGGUCCCGCUCGGCGCCUUUCGGGCGUGUGUGUGAGAGAUCAGGGAUAUGCAGGAACGCUCCUGCGAUCGUG